GAGGGCAGACACUCAUACACCUUUAAACUGUGAUAAGGAGCAUAUUAUUACCCCGCUGGUGGCCUAGUCAGAUAAGUUGUUUGUGGAGGACAGUCUGCGUUUCUUUCAAGCUCUCAUUCUGCUGCACCAGUAACAGAUUACAUUCCCAAGGAAAUCAGCCGCUUCUUAUUUGAAACUGCAAAGAGCGAUGGACAGCUUAGGGAGAGACCACGAUUAUUCCAACACUUCUCUGCCUUCCUCCACAGCCCACGAGGGGAACGCUGAGCCAGGUUCCACCAUGUUGCGCCGCUUGAGAGACCGGGAGCUGCUCCGGAAGAGAAAGGCAGAAGCCGAGGAGAAGGAUUCAAUUCAGUGGGCUCUGGGGGAGCACGAGAGAAGCAAACGGCAGAGGAGAGGCCACGGUGCCAGGCGAGGAAGGGGCCGUGCGCAUGUCAUGAAGCCCGCACCACAGCCAAAACCACAGCCAAACCCUCAGCCCCCGAAGAAGGAGGAAGCUGAGAUGGUGUCCUCCACGGCGAUGCAGCAGGCCGAGUCUUCCCAGAUGGACAUGCAGGACCUGUUUGCUGGUGUGCAGCUGGCAGAUCUGGAAGGGAUACUGGCCUCGGGGAGCCAGAGUCCCCUGGGUGAAGAGGAUAUGCUGAAGCUGGCAGAUGAAAUACAAGAGGUACUGAAUACUUCGCUGGAAAGGAACGAAUCAGAUAAUGACAUGUAUUCAUCAAGCCUAUUUUGAAGUUUUAUUUAAAUAUAUAUAUAUAUUCUUCCAGUUUUUAUGACCAAGAAAUACUGAAAACCCUUGCGGAGAGACUUAAAGUUGCUCCUUCCUCAGGAACA